UCCUUGUUGGUGUUUCUGUAGCUGGCAAGGUUUUUACGGUGUGGGGUAACUAACCCCACAUCCACCCUCCUUCUUUCUCAGGAGGGCUUGGGACCAUCCAUGGCGGAGUUUUCUAAAUUCAUACAGUCGGUAGGUUCUGGAUGGUUUCCUGGACUGCUGCGUGCUAGUUUACUGCAGCCAUGAAUGACCAACGGCAUCCCAUCAAUAUCAGGAUUAUUGGAGUCAUUCACAAGGACAAGAAAAAGCUGUUCAUGACCUCCGUGUUGUGGUCAGAUAAAUGUGACAUUGUUGUCUAUCGAACGUUUCAGGAAUUCAAGAACCUUCAUAACCAGCUGAAAAGGGCGUUUUCGGAAAGCCCGUUCCAGAGGUCGAGGGUUAUACCGCGAUUUAAAGCCAAGAGCAUGCUGAACUUCCAGAGCAGAGAGCCCAAGUCGAUGCUCCAUCUGAAGUUCCUGGAGAAGUACUGCGACAAGCUGAUGAAAUGUGACCCAAAUGUGACCCGAAACAAUGUGCUCGUCCAGUUCUUCCUGCCCAGAAGCCAGGACUUGCAACCAGAUUUCGCCAAGAAUUGUGUCAUCAUCAUGCCAUCGGAGGACACGUUGGAUCCACCCAAACCCGGUAAUGUAAGCACUAUAACACAACCAUUUGUGACGGAGACGUACAGCUGCGUGGCUCCCUACGAGACAAAGGACACAAAAAACAGGCCUUUCAAAGUGGCUGUGAAGGACACGGUGGACGUACUCAUCAAAGACAAAGGAGGUUGGUGGCUGGUGGAGAAUGAAGAUAAGCACCUUGCCUGGUUCCCUGCCCCUUAUCUGGAGAAGCAGGUAGAGGAGCAGGAGGAGGAAGAGGAAGAGAAUGCUCAGGAAGGGUCACCGAAGGAGGAAGGAGUGCUCUAUCGUGCUGUGAAGAACUACACCUCCACUCAGGAGGACGAGGUUUCAGUGAACGUUGGUGCCGUUGUUGAGGUGCGGCAGAAGUCCGACAACGGAUGGUGGCUUGUCAGGUAUGACGGGAAGGCUGGCUACCUGCCCGCCAUGUACCUGCAGCCAUAUACGGACCCACACCUGCGAUUCCUGAACCUGCAGAGGGAGAUGCAUACCUCAGCACAGUUCUCCAGGUCCAGGAGCAACCUACUGGAGGUGCAGCACCACACGCUGAGCCAAUCACAGCGCAGCCUGCAACUGCUGCCCCAUGAGCCACAGCGGGGUGGCCUUGAGCCCACUGACAGGCAGAAGUCUCGCUCUCUGAACACCUUGUCUGGGGCCACACCACCCCACCCUCCCCCCACCAUCAUAGUCAUGGGGGCUGAAGACAAGGAGGGAUCCAGUGAUGGCAGCCAGUUCAGCUUUGGUGAUGAUGACACCUCCCUAAAUGGCUCCUUCAACGGUAGCACACUCUCCCUCAGCCACUCUGACAUGCAGGAGCAGCUGCGCUGCUGCCGCACCCCUCCUCCUCCAACCACCGGGCGGCGCCAAUCGGAUGUUGGCCCCUACUUGGGCAGCCUGGCACACAGCCGCUCAGACCCCAGGCUCUUCAAGAUGCCCACCACCCCCAAGGUACCGCCCCGCCCCCAGGCUCAGGAGAUCUUGAGUCGUUGCACCUCAGUGACCCGCAAGGCAGCACUAAGCGGCAAAAUCAAGACCCCCUCAGAGGUUGGGUGGAUCCAGAGUCGCUAGAGGGGGCGGAGCCAGGAGACAGCAAGCCAAUGAGAUCAAUACAAAUGUAUAUACAGUAUAACUAACUAAUGCUGAUUCAGCAAAAAAAAAAAAGGUGUAUAAGUAUCUUUUGUGUUCUUAUUUGUUUUAUUUUUUUGGACAAUACCUCACAUGUGGUAAAUGUAUAUGCAUUAACACAGUAGCAGAGUUAUAUGUACUGGAAGCCUCUCUAGUUCUUUGAGGGUCUUGGAAGUUUGAAUGAAAUUUUAAAUAAAACUUAUUGAAAAUGUCAACACAAGUAGUCCUGAAUAGCUCUGAUAUUUCUCCAAGCUGAAUGUAGCAGCUACCACCUUUUCUUUUUUUC